GAAAUUGUGAGCUUUGGCAGCAUGAGUACAUGACCCACUUUCUGCCCGUAAGAGGCGUGGAUUCUCGUUUAAAAAUGCUUCAAUUUUUAUUGCAUUAUUGCAUUCAGAUGUCUUCUUCUUCCUCCACUUUCCACUAAUCCUCAUAUAACCCUUAAACCCUGUCGUUUCCGUCAAAAUCUUCUUACGAAAAUGAACCCAAUCGAUAGCUAUCAGUAAAUGGUUUCUUUUGCCUUUCUUCAGAGCCACACUCUGUGAUCACAGUUGAAAGGGAAGUUUUUUUCUGGAGUGGGUAGUUCAGGACAGGAAUUUUCGAGCUACUAUUUGGUUAGUUGAAUAGAAAUAAUGGGAUUCCAAUGGUAGAUAAUGUUGGAACAAUGACUUCAAAAACUUCAAUGCCUGUCCCUAAGGAGCCAGCCAAUAAUGACGAAGUUUCUCUGGAGCAGAGCAUGCUCUUAUCCGAUAGCCUCAAGGAUUUGAAGAAUCUCAGGAAACAAUUGUACGCAGCUGCAGAAUAUUUUGAGUUGUCUUAUACCAAUGAUGACCAGAAACAGACUGUUGCAAAUUCAUUGAAAGAUUAUGCCAUUAAUGCUCUUGUCAAUACCGUGGACCAUUUGGGCUCUGUCACCUACAAGGUCAAUGAUUUGUUGGAUGAAAAGGUGGAUGAAGUUUCGGGAACUGAGAUCUGGGUUUCUUGCAUUGAGCAGAGACUGCGGACAUGCCAGGAGUACAUUGACCGUGAAGGUCUUUCUCAGCAGUCACUAGUGAUAAACACUCCCAAGUACCAUAAGCGAUAUAUCUUGCCAGUUGGGGAAACAAUGCAAAGUGCUAUUUGUUCCGAGUCAAAAUACCAAGGAUGUAGCCUAGAAAAUGAAGAUGUUUGGCUUCAAUUUAGACAUGCUAUUCGAGCUACAGUUAGAGAAACUCCAUCCACAGUUAGUAAAUUGCACUUUCCGCCGCCUUCUUCCAAACCUGCUCUGCAACCUGGAAAGUUUUUGUCAUCCGGCAGCGUGGCCAGGAAAGAUUUAGAAAAACGCCCAGCAUCGCCACUCCGGUUUCCUCUCUUGCGUUCAGGAUCCUUUUCUAGCAAGUCAACGACACCAAAAGGUUCACGUCCAAGCACCCCAAAUAGUAGUCGACCUACCACCCCUAAUCCUGCUUUAGGAAGACAACAGUAUUUUUCAGACCCUCGGAAAUCAGCUUCAAUGCGUGUUCGUGUUGAGAAAGAAAACCCGAAAGACGACGAACAUUACCCUAGUAAAAGUAAGCGGCUUCUCAAGGCUUUGCUCAGUCGACACAAGUCAAAGAAAGACGAUAUGUUAUACACUUAUUUGGAUGAAUAUUAGUCACGAAUCAGGGAAAAACACGAAACAGAUGUUAUUGCUAAAGCAGGAGCAUGAAUUGCUACAAAUAUUGCCAUUUUUUUAACACCCACUAUAGGGGUUGUACCAUUUUGUUUUUCCUGUAGGCUUCAGUUUCACAUCCUAUGCUCACAAAAAUUUAGCAGAAAGCUUAAUUGUAACCUAUUUUUUUAACAUAACGAUAAGUAUUUGUGCAAGCAAUACGAGAUAAUUUUAAGCACCAGCAUGACAA